AUGUUUUUGACUAUUUUAUUUAGGAAACACCACCUUCAGUGUUUAUGGAACAAAUUUGAAAACGCUCCUGUCAUUGUUAAUACAGAUGUUGUACGGACAGUAUAUAGAUUUAAUCAACCUACGUGUUCUUUUGGGAAUUGCCAAACGACAUGUAAAUACUCAUCUUCUUGCCUAAAUGGCUUACUCAAAAUAAAUGUACUGAACGAAGAAACAUGUGACAAAACUAAAUCAGAGUCUCCUGUUGAAAAGUUACUGACGCAUAGCCGUAAUGGUUUGAAGAAUUAUGGGAGUACGUGUUACUUAAAUGCAUUUUUGCAGCUUUAUUUUCGGUUCAAAGAACUUCGAAAAGCAAUAUAUGAUAUUCCAUCACAAGCUGAUGAAACCGGUAUAAUACACCAGCUACAAUUAAUAUUCAGUCAACUUCAGUUAAACAAUUCAGGCAUUGUUGAUCCAGGAGGUUUGAUUGAAGCAUUGCGGUUGUGUGAUACAGAACAACAAGAUGCUCCUGAAUUCCACUGUUUAUUUAUGAAUUUAUUGGAAGCACGCUUCCAGCAAGUUGGUGUAUCUGUUAUUGACGAUUUGAUUAGAGGAGAAUAUAUUUAUGAAAAUAGCUGUCUGAAAUGCGGUUUCACAUCUCGGUUACCUUCAAAGUUUUUAGAACUAUCCUUGAAAGUUUCUUCAAAGUCACUUCCAGAUUGUAUACGGGAUUAUUUAAAGGAAGAACAAUUAGUUGGCGAUAAUCGAUAUGCUUGUUCACAGUGUGGUUGUAAACAAGAUGGUAUUAGAAGAGCCUAUAUAACACGUGCUCCACCAUUGUUAUGCAUUCAGUUGCUUAGAUUCACUUACGAUUCAAACACUGGUCAACGUAAAAAGUAUAAAGCGUCUAUUCGUCUACCUGAUCUUCUUGAGUUGACAAAAGUUGUUGAAAAUCCAAAAAGUAAUAAACAUCUGAAUUGUGAACAUUCUGUUGAAUGUCUGAGUGUAGAUUCAGAUCCAUGUCAUCGCGCAUAUCGUCUCUGCGGUGUGCUUUUACAUAUUGGAAAUCAACCAACAUCGGGACAUUAUGUAGCUGUUCUUAGAGAUUCUUACAAAAGAAUCAAUUUGUCUGAUGAUAAAAACACAGAAUCAAGUACUGAAGAUGAUCCUCUUUUAAAAUCAAAUGAAUGUUGGAGUGUUUGCAAUGAUAUAGAUGUCUUCAAUGUACCGUCAAAUCAAUUUAAAUUAGCAAAAAUUAACGGAUCAGCUAAAUCAUUGCAAAGCUAUCUAGCCACUACUGAGACAUCGGAUUCAUCAAUAAACCUUACUAAAUCUGAUCAACCUUCUGAAAAGUGUUCUAGUCGUAGAGCAGCCAAAAAACCUCGUCAUGAUACUUCCUCAAAUGAUCUUAGUUUCACUGACCUCAAUGAAAGUAGAGAUUCUACAACUUCUAAGUGUAAAUCACUGGACGAUUUAUGGCAUAGUUCAACUAAUGCGUAUAUGGUAUUUUAUGAAUCGGUGGAUAAUUGUAAUAUGGAUGAAGAUAUAACAGUUCCUGGUGACUUACGCAAAACAAUUGAAGAAGUAAAUUUAACUGAACAACGAAAGCUUAUAUCUGAACAACAAAAUAAAGUGAAUCGUAAAAAUCAAUUACUUGAAAUACUGUCCAACCUGAAAUUACCUGAUCCUAUCAAUUCAUCAACAAAUAAUAAUACUCCGAUUUCAAUAAACACUCUCGAUAAUGUAUCUUUGGUAUCAACAUCUUGGUUAUGUGAUUGCCUUAAUAAUCCAUUGUUAUUGAGAGAUGCCUGUUUAACUGAUUCUCAGAUAAAAUCGCUUUCAAAACUCCAAGACUACAUAUUUCCCUCUUCUUUGUCAAAUCAAUCAUCUUAUGCCUUACGUACCUGUUCACAUGGCCAUGCUCCUACAGAUCUUGUUGCAGGUUCAUACAGAGCUGUUUCUACCGAAGGUCUUAAAAAGCUUAUUGAGAUUCUCUUCCCAAAAUUAUUUGAUGCCAUUCAAUCUGAAGAUGAUAGGUUUAAUCAAUUUCAACCAUGUCGAAAGUGUAUUACACUAAAUAUCGCAUUACUAAAAGUUGAAAAUGCAAUUAAAGAAUUAUCUAAAGAAUUGGACUAUUUUAUAAAAACUAAUCAUUUGUCUUCCUCAUAUUAUAAACGUCUUCAAAGUGAAAAGACAGACUCGAUUCCUUUGAAUCCUGAACCUGGAUAUUAUUUAAUUGGUAAGAGAUCUCUUCGUCAAUGGAAAAUCCUUGCACGUCAUUUCACACGAGCUUUUUACUCUGAUUAUGAUGAUGAUUCUAAGUUACCAACAACUGGCCAUCAUACACAAACAACAUUUAAUCAUGAUAUUCUUUGUCCUCACGGUCAAAUUUGUACAGAAAAUACACGUCAUUUACCAGCCGUACUUUGGCAUAAAUUAGUCGAUUUAUUUCCUGGUGUAAAAAUUCCUACAUUUCCUAUUCAUAUUCCUUAUGACAAUAACAAUAAUACAUCUAUCAAUCCCAUUAGUAUAUUCAAUAAAUCAGAGUCAUCUUGUUCUGAAUGUAACUCAGUACAAAAUGACUUGACAAAACGAGCAUUGUGUGAACGUCAAAUGCUUCCUAGCUUAUUCUUGUCAAAUGUUCAACGUAUGCGACUUUUACACUCUACCAGUCAAACAGUAAACACAGCUGUAAAUAUAAAAGAAGACACUUUAAGCAAAUGCAAAUUUAACUUUGAAAGGGUCAAUAAUUCUAAGUCAGAAAAUGUAAACGGUCAUUCUACAGAUACUGAUAAGGAAUUAAAAAAUUUAAAUACCAAUGCUAUUUACUUGAUUCCAAUGGGUUUUGUUAUACAAUGGAGGAAAUUUAUUCGAAAUCCAACAGCAGAUAAUUUACCCAGUUCGCUAUUAUCUGGCUUUAGCUCAGAUGGCGUGCUUUGUGAACAUGGUCAAAUGCUAAAAACAUGGCAAGCUCUUAUAAAUGAGUCAAUAUUGUGUCCCUUAACUUUUUAUGAAUGGGAUGUCUUGUCUCAUGCAUAUCCCCAUCGUUUUAAGGAAAACGAAAUACCUUUGGAUCAUGAUGGACCUGAAACAAAAAUAACCUUCUAUCCAACGAUGUAUUUAAUUCCACAGAAUAAUUCUGAACUGAAGUGGAGAUUGGAACCAUCAUCCUAUGGCACUUUAUGCCCAAAUUGUCAAUCUGAAAUAAUCACUGAUCAGAUUUUUAAUAAUGCUAGAAUCCGUAUACGUCUGGUAUCUGGAUUUGAUGAAGCAUUGAGUAGUUGCGUCCAGUCAAAACUCACCUCUGUUCAGGAUUCCUUGAAUUGUGUGCCACAGGAUUUUCAAGCUGAGACAGAAAUUUGUGCUCAACCAACAACUGAUAUCAUAAUUCCGAACAAUUCUGAUCAGGAAAUGGAUAAUUUGAGAGAAAUAAAAGAUUAUUUCAAUAAACGAUGUAAUAAUUUAGAAUUAUCCAACUCUAUUAGCAAAGAUAUCACUCCACGCCUUUCAUCAAAUAAUGAAACUAGUCUAAUAGACCAAUUACCUCCAUCAUCUAAUCAUCAUCAGCAUCAACAUGUGCUCUAUGAUAAUACAAAUAAUCAAUUAUCUAAUCAUCAUUUGGAGUCUUCAUGUACAAAUUAUAUUAGACGUUCUACACGUCAACGUUUGAAUCCUAAAGAUUUAUUGAUCAAAGUGAAUAGUAGUGAUACACUUCUUAAUGUGAAAGUACAAAUAAUGCAAAUUUUAGGUGUUAUCCCUUCCGAUCAACAUAUUAUGUCAAAUGGUCUAGAAUUUACUGACCAUACGAAAACAUUACAAGAGUUAGGUAUUUGUUCGAAGACUAUCCUCUAUUUAUGGUCAGAUGAUCCAACAUGGGAUCCUAAUCGAACAAGUUUUGAUAAUGGUACAUUCAAGUUAACGACACAAAAGUUGAAAUCAAAUAGUCCAUGUAAAUCAACCUCCGAAUCAAUUCAUACAGAAUCAGGAUUCAAAGGAACACGACUACUUGAAUUUUAA